AUGCAAGGGUUUGACUGUGCGACAUAUGGGGAGGUUUUUCCUGUAAAAAUUACAUCACCAACCUGCAAAGAUCUCGGAAUUCCUCGCGAGAGUGAUGAUGUCAUUGUGUCAGCAAGGUUGAUCAAGAAUCCAUCACUCCAUCUCGAUGGCAUUCGAUAUGAAGCUCUCGUCAAAAAUUCCAUGUCGCCAUCGGAUCCAUUUUCUCCACUUUGCAUGAUCCCGCUCCCGUCUCCCUUUACUUUAGAGCACCUAGAGCCGACAUUUAUCCGAAAACGAAACGAACGCGAACGGGACCGUGUUCGAUGCGUAAAUGAUGGAUAUGCAAGACUCAAAGAACAACUCCCAUUAGAAAAUAAACAUAAAAGAAUUAGCAAAGUUGAAAUUCUUCGCCGUGCUAUAGACUACAUUAAAUAUUUGAAUGCAAUUUUAGAAACAGACAAUGAAAAUGAUUCAAAUGAGCAUACACAUGAACAAGGUGUUGAUGAGAGCAGAGAUACAGAACUCGCGCAGCAAGACAAUGUGAACGAGGACUUUCCAGAAAAUGACACCCUUUCAAUUUGUUGCAAAGACUUAUCCCCAGAACAGAAUACAACUUAUUUCACGCUGGACACUCUAUCAGACUCGGAUGAGAUUUAUGGUCAAGGAAGUGAUCUUGGAUACGAAUCCUUUACGAGUGGAUGUGAAAUGGAAGACGAUCAUGCCGGAAGUUGUGACUUUGAUUACAGUGAGUGCUCGAGAGGAUUGAAGCGGCCGUUAGAGGGCGUAUCCGUGGAAGACUGUUCCCCCUGCAAACAAUAG